AUGACAGACCCCAACAUUCCCAAAGCGAUGGAGCAUCGCUUGAUCCCAUCGGUGUUCAACGACGGCAGUUUUCCCAUGGCAUGGAUUGGCGAUACCCCGACCCUCGACGCAAGGCGCGAGUAUAUACGCGCCUACCUGGAGAGGCGUUUGCCACAUGGCGAUAUGGAGAACCAGGAGAGGAAGCUACGUGACUUGGCUGAACGGAAAGCAGCCAUGUUUCUGAUCAAUGACAAUGUCAUCGAGGUUGGUGCGGAUCAGUUUGAAUGGCUGAUUGAUGAGAUGCUGUGGCAUGCUUGGCUUGGCUACCUGGGACAGGCUCCGUUAUUCCCAUGGCGAUGCCCACAGGAGACCGGUGAGCCAACGAGAAUAUCCCAGGCCUUUGAAAGGUGGCUGGACGUUCACGGGAGGGAGGGAGAUCUGGUCCAGGGUUGGAAGAUCGCCUGGGAUGCAGAGUCAAGGGGCGCAGAGCAGCGCCAUGUUCCGGGCAGCGAGGCUGAUUUGGCUACUCAAAGCUCGAGCAACUCUGACAGGAACAACGAGAGCGAGCAGUUGCACCAACUGGAGCAGCAGGUGAUUCAGCUGCAGCAGGAGCUACUGCAACAAGACGAACAACUCUUGCAGAAAGACGAGAGAAUCCGAGAGCUGGAGGAGAGACUGCGACAAGAGGACAACCGACAAAAACAGCUGCAGCAGGAUGUAUUACUACUGCAGAUGGUGCUUUCGACGGAAACGGGACGGCCAUCAAGAGUAGUGCGUCGCUAG